AUGAACAUGAACACCAAACGUGAUCGAGUUGCACUAAGCAAAGGACUACUCGAAUCCGAGCGGUUCGCCGACGUGGAGGCAAAGAGGAGUGAAAUCACCCUCGAAGAACAGAACCCAGACGCAGUUGGCUGGGUUAUUGAGUGGAUCUACACUGGAGAACUUACCCCCCCGGCUCUCUACAAAGAAGACACAGCCUAUGAGACCUGCGCCGAGAUGUUCAAGGUUGCCGACUAUUUCCUCUUACCUGAACUCCGACAGCUUCUACUAGAACACAUGCGGAACUUACUAUGUAAGAAGGCGAUCGAAUGGCAGAGGGCAUAUCAAGAUUUCCCACGCGAGAAGCCUCGCUCACAGUACCUUGACUGGGACGAUGUACACGGAGUCUUUAGAGGGGUUGAGGUGGCUUAUAGACUCGGACUCGGAGAUCUCACACAGAUGUGGCUGGAUUUCAUACGAGCAACUCUAUACUUCCCUUUGGUUUCGGCUGAGUUUAAUCAUGUCUUGGACGCAGCUCCUUCCUUUGCAGUGGAUGUCCUCAGACAGACCGUGCGACAAAACAAGACCCUCAUGAUCGAGCUGUAUCGUGUCGCAGAAUCCUGUGCCUGUUGUGGAGAGAAUCCACUCGAUCGUGAGGGUGGCCAUUUCGUCACAAUGGGAUAUGGAGGGGGUCAGUGCAACAGAUGCGCUUUAAAGCUUGUGUUAUUCGGGGGUGAUAGAGAGAUAGAUGAUGAAUUCGCCGAUUUGCCCUAGAAUUUCAACCAAGACGGCCUUGGAGAGAAGUUCUACUUUAAGAGUCCUGACUCGUCUUGCAGGCAUUCGGAUUGUAGUGACCUAGGUAUUGAACAGG